AUGGAGAGCGAGUCUUCACACUUUGAUGGGCGCGUCGAGGCAUUUGGGGCGAGCUCCGAACGGCAUCUUACAGGUGGAGAAGUUAAGAGUGUACUUGUAGAAUUCGUGCAUAAAGAGAAUGGCCGGCCCAGCGAAGAGGAGGAUGUAGAGAUGGCCGGCACCGAAGAUGAACCACAAGAAUUCAGCACUGUGACACCAAUAUACCCACAGGAGGGUUAUAGCCACGACAUUCCCGACGUUGAAGACGACGAUCCGAAAGAGCCAGCAGAUGGGGAAGAUGAGGAAGACCAUGAGCUUCCCAGGUUCGCCAGAUUGGCCAGUUUGCGUGCCAAGCAUCUUGCUCCAGCGUCACUCUUUGCUCUACCGUCACAGUAUCAAGAGUAUGAUCAGGACAAAAUCAUCCGUGCCUACUUCGAUGGUGUCAACCCAGCCACGCCACUAUUCAGUGAACAGGACUAUGAGUACUUCGACAUGAUCUGCAGAGAACGGGCUACAGUGUCACACGAGUGGUGCGCCGUCUUUGUCAUGCUGGCAUUGUCUCUGAGAAACGAUCCCAAGAACUACUACCAAGGAGAUGACGAGAAUUUCAUGCACAAAGCGUGCAAAUAUGUGGAUGGUAUGCUUAAAUAUCGACUGUCAGACGAAAUAGGACUCCAGAUCCUGCUGGGGGCGGCCUUGUAUUUCAUGACAACACCAAGGCUAGAGCAAGCCGCACUUCUGCAUGCCAAAGCCGUCAAGUUGGUCUAUGGCCUGGGGUUGCAUAAACACUCCGGGGACUUUGCUCAAUUGUAUGAUGUACGGCUUCUUUGGAUAGCGUACAUCAUCGACCGAGAUAUUUCACUCCUCACACGCGAACCAUACCUGAUGCAAGAGCAUGAUAUUGCCUCUACAGUCGAGGAAAUCUCUUACAGGCACGGAGGCAUCCUACACGACAUAAAUAAGUCCUCGCACUUUGAGAUUCUCAAUUCGGGCUUCGAAGCUGUCUUUCGACCAGCAAGAGACGGUGGCGGAUCGUUUUUUUUGGACGAGAUGCUGGAAGAAUGGGUUGAGUCGAUCCCCGAGCCGUACAGGGGAGAUACACUCUCCGAUUUCGGCCACAUGCACCAGAGAUUCUUCAAACAGCUACGGGUGACGUAUUAUCACUGCAUCUUCUCGAUUCGGCAAGCAACGUUGCGCAAUAAAGAGUGGGUACGUCGGUUGUUGAGGUUUGGCGAAGCUCGCAAAGGAGAUGAUACAGAUACCCCAUUGCUACCAUCGAAUUGGUCAGGGUUGGUCACAGCUGCACAGAAGUGCUUGGAUAUAGUAAACAAGGUGGACAGUCGCGACAUGGCAUUCCGUUGGAGCUGUACUUAUGCGACGCAAGCGGCCAUGACGAUACUGGCUGCGAACAACAUAACCCUUUCAGAGCAUGAUCUUCAAGAUUCUAUCGACAAAGAUCAACAGACACUUCAUAUUGCGCAUGGUGAAGCGAGCGAUCGGUUGGACCAAGAUCCCACGAGGUCGACCGAGAAAUCGUUCAACACUUGCGGGGAGCUGAUUAUCAAGGCACGAGAGUCAGUGCGACAAUUUAAUGAGGGCAAAAGUAUGGAGGAGUCAUGA